GUCAAGUACCACAAUAAAUAUCCUAUUAAAAUUGAAUACACGAUACGACUACAGUAAAUAAAUAAAUCAUAUUACUAUUGUGUGCUGUAAAGUAAGAAAUUUUUCCACACGAGUAAUUUAAAGUUCCUUGCAAUGUCGGUCAUAAGAAGAGCUCAGCAAUGGGGCACAUUUGCACAAAUUUGGCACUUGUACGAUGCCAAAUGGCAAGAUCCUUUUCAAAGUGCAAAACUCAUAGCAAGAACUCUCAAAGGUCGCCACAAGCCUAUCCACCAUCCCAUGAAUAAGUGUGGUGAUCACGUCGUUGUUAUAAAUAGUAACGAUAUCGCACUCAGAGGAGACGAGUGGCAGUUGCGAGUUUAUUUUCAUCACAAUACCUACCAUGGUGGGGCAUCUUGGACAAAAGCUUGGGAAUUGCACAAGAAAGACCCAACAAUGAUUAUGAAAAAAGCAGUUUACAGUGCUCUUGGAAAUAAUAUAAGUCGAAGGUAUGCUAUGUGCUGCUUACACGUUUUCUACGACGACAAUAUUCCAGAAGAUAUCAAAGGGAACAUAAGCAAUCAGUUGAGACAAUUGAAACCAGUACCCAAAACACUUGAUGAAAUUUCACCAGAGGAGGUGGAAAACUUCCCACAGAUCGUCAAACUUCCUGAAACUUAUGUAUUAAGAUAAACUUUUUUUUCAUAGGGUGUAAAUAAACAAGUACGUAGAUUGGAACAUUCUUA